CUUGUGGUAUGUAGUAUUUAUAGGUGCCUAAUUGUAAUUUGAAAAACAAGCAAUAUAUACACAUUAGAAGUUUUGUGUAACAACCGUGUUCUACAACCUCCCCAUGUCAAUUAUUAACAUGCCAUCCACAGAGAAGGGUUGAUUAAACUCUGCUGUUUCUAGAUUGUUUGAGGACAGAAGGGAGGAAAAACAUGAAGAGCUACGUAUUUUUGAUUUUAUUGGUUUGUACUCUGUGCUGUGGUGCACAAGAGAUAACAUGUGAUCUGCCUAAUGUGGAGAAUGGGAAAAUUGCCCAAUAUUUUUACAUUUUCAAAAAGUUUUAUUUCCCGAUGAAAGAAGGGAAAAAGCUGUCCAUCUCCUGUGCUGCUGGGUACACCACUCAAUCGGGCAAGCAAGAAGAGACCAUUGCAUGCACAUCAGAUGGAUGGGAACCUGCUCCAAUAUGUUUCAAAAAGUGUCUCAAGCCAUCUUUGGUUAAUGGAGUUGUACUUAAUCCUAAGGAGUCGUACAAAAUAUUGGAGAAGACAGAAUACAGUUGUGCAGAAGGUUACAUAACCUCAAGUGGGAAUAAAACCAGCGACAUAAUAUGCUUCUCUAAUGGAUGGUCUUCUCAACCAGGAUGCCACCAAGUAUCUGACAGAUGUGAAGCUCCUCUUCUUAAUAAUGGACAUUAUUCAUCAACAAAGAAAGUGUUCCGACUGAAGGAGGUCCUAAAAUACAAGUGUGAUGAAGGGUAUCGUACUGCCAGUGGCAGCUCGUCAGAUGUGGUUGAAUGCCUGCCUAGUGGGUGGUCUUCCACUCCACAAUGCACAAAACUGAUCUGUGAAAAAUUGGCUUCAGUGGAAAAUGGAGGUUUUUACCCAGUGAAAGACUCAUAUGUGGACAGGGAUGUGGUACAGUUUUUCUGCAGGGAAAAUUACUUACUGAAAGGAUCAGAGUUAAUUCAGUGCUAUUCCUUUGGCUGGUCUCCUGAGCCUCCCACUUGUGAAGAAAGAAGAAAUAGGUGCCCCCUUCCACCGAGACCGGCCCAUGCGAUCCUCCUCUCUGAUCCAGCAAGAUAUCGAAAAGGUGAUACUGCACGCUAUGAGUGUGACCAUAACUAUAUACUAAUAGGAUCGGAAGAAAUACAGUGUGAAAAUGGCCAGUGGUCAACGCCACCCAGCUGUGCAGAACUUAAAGAAAAGAUAAAAUGUGACAAGCCACCUCCCACGGAGAAUGGACAAGCGGUUAUAAAACUGGAAACUUACCACAGCGGUGAUGAAGUUCAGUAUCAGUGUGCAGAUGGAUAUGAAAUAGAAGGACCCGAUAAAAUAAUAUGUAAAAUGGGUAAAUGGCCUAACCCCCCUAAGUGCACAGCCAGCAAUGAAUACUGUCAGACACCUCCACCAAUUAGAAAUGGUGAGCUUGUCAGCCCUCCAUCUGCAACCUACAGUACUGGCUCAUCAGUGGAAUACAGAUGUCAGACCUACCACUUAAUGGAGGGAUCAAAAAGAGUGAGCUGCACUCAUGGAGCCUGGUCUAAACCACCCACAUGUUUAGAGCCUUGCACUGUGGCUGCGGAUCAGAUGAGAGAAAGGAACGUGGAACUCCAAUGGAGCUUUGAACUGCAUUCUUUGUUUUUGCACGGUGACCUAAUAGAAUUAAAAUGUAUGGAUGGAUAUGACAUGUCAUCACACUCUCAACUGAAGGGGCUGUGCCAGAGAGGACAGAUCUUAUAUCCCUCCUGCAGAAAAAAAGAUAAUCUGAAGCCAUGCACCAACCCUCCUGUGGUUAAAAGCAGUACAGUAAACAUAAUUCAGGAAUCCUACGAGUCGGGUUCAUCGGUUGUAUACAGCUGUUUAGAGCAUCAUUUCUUGAAAGGCUCUAGUACUGUGCAUUGUUCUAAUGGAGAAUGGGAAUCCCCACCAAGUUGCAUAGAGCCAUGUGUUUUAUCCAAAGACGAAAUGGACAAAAAUCACAUAAAUCUAAGAUGGUAUUCUGAUAAUGGUGGUUACAUUUUCCAUGGGGAGUUUGUUGAGUUUGUAUGUAAAGAUGGGUACAAGAACCUACAAUCUGAUGCAAUAUUCACUCUUAGAGGACAGUGUAGCUACAGGAAGCUGAAUUAUCCAGAAUGUGUGCCUAGGUAAAAGAAAAUACCGCCGAAAAUCUGAAAUCAGAAGUGUAGUAUUGGUAUGCCAGCAUUUAUGUGUGUGGAGCAUAUUAUGUGCACAAAGAUCACUGAACAAAUGGUAUAACAAAUAUGAUUGCUGAUUAUACAGCUCCAGUGGAGCAGGAUUUAGCUAAUGUGUGCAACCAUGCUGUACCUUAAGUGGUUCAGUUCCAGGCUCUGACACUUAAUGUUUGAAUAAAAAAUUUAAGAACAUAA